UAAGCCCUAUGCCGGCCGCAGGAACGAGAGACUGACCGCCAUUCGCGAGGGGGAAGGAGCCACCGGCAGGAUGAACGGUUUGGCGUACGACGAUGGCUCGCUGGACCCGACGCUGUGCCUGCACGGGAACAGCGACAUCGACACGGCCCUGCUGAGCGACAUUGACGAUAUGCUCCAGCUCAUCAACAACAAUGACAACGAUUUUGGGUUCUUCGAUGCCUCGUUCGGAGCAGUCACUACUCCGGCCCAGGACCCCGCUCCUAAUGUGGACCUCGCAGGAGGGGGCGCCCUCAGCUCCCUGGAGGGGUUACUGGCCGCUCCUACCACCUCCACCCCCAUGAAGAUGUUCCCGAUGCCCACUCCAGGCUUCCGCAGCCCGCCGGCUCCCACCCCCCCUCAGGACAAUCUCAUGCACCAGCUGAAGCUCGGCUUGCAGAGCAUGGUCAAGGAUGAGCCCAUGCAGGUCUGCCCCACCCCGCAGCAUGCCCAGGCCAAGUUACAGGCCACUCCCACAACCCAGCAUCUUCAGGGCAUGCCGUUCGGGCAGAGCUUGGUUACGUCGGCGCAGCCUCAGUUUAACAACCAGCCCGUGCCCGGAUACCAGGAACAGAAUGUUGACACAGCUACACAAGUUGUUGCCACCCCACCCAGCACAGCGAGCCAACUCCUGCAGAGCAUCCCAGGCCAGCCUCUGCAGAGCGUCGCCAGUCAGCCGUUACAGAGCACGGCCAGCCAGCCGCUGCGGAGC